AUGUCCCUCGGGGGGACCACAGGCGACAACACGCGCCUGCUCGGGAAGGCGCCAGAGGAGGAGGAGGAGGAGGAGGAGGAGGAGGAGGUGAUGCAGGCGGAGGGCGUGCGGGAGGUGGCCGUGGCAACUGGCCUGGAGGUGCUGUACCAGGAGACCCCCAACUACCGCGGAGCGGCGGCCGAGGCUGACCGCAUGAUCGAGCCUAGGGAGACGGCUAGGCAUGCCUGGCGAGUGCCAGACUUGAGAGUAGAGCCUGUUGCUAGUGCGCCAGAGGAGGCGGUGACCGAGGGGGCGCCCGCUGCGCCUGCCGUUACGUCUCUCCAACCGUCCCGCCGCGUCGCGCUGUCCGUCCGCGUCGCGCCGUCCAUCCCGUCCCGUCCGUCCGCGUCACGCUGCCCGUCCGCGUUGCGCCGUCAGUCCCGUCCCGUCCGUCUGUGUCGCGCUGCCCAUCUGCGUCGCGUUGUCCGUCCCGUCCCGUCCGUCCGCGUCGCGCUGCCCGUCCGCGUCGCACCGUCCGUCCCGUCCCGUCCGUCAGCGUCGCGCUGCCCGUCCGUCCCGUUCGUCCGCUUCGCACUGCCCGUCCGCGUCGCGCAGUCCGUCCCGUCCCGUCCCGUCGCGUCGCGUCGCGCCGCGCUGCCCAUCCUGUCCCGCUGCAUCGCGUCGCGCUGCCUGUCGGUCGCGCUACCCCUGCCCGUGGCGAUGCGCCCUCCUAGUCCAGCAGUGUUGCGCCCUACUCUGUGUCCUGUAGCGCCCUACCCUAUGUCCCGUAGCGCCCUACCCUAUGUCCCUCAGUGA